UUCGUUUUUCUUUUUCUUUUCUCUUUUCUUUGUUUUGUUAAGCAUUGCAGGCUGUAUGUACCGAGUAGUUCAGACGACGGGACCAGAUGGAAAAAACCUUCUGAAAUUACUUCCAAUUUCUAAAUCUUCUGGAAGCUUUGUGCCAAUAGUUCAGUCUUCAGCCAUGCCAAAUAAUUCUAAAGCGAAUAUUUCUAGUCCAGUCCAUCUUACUUUUAAGACACAGCUUGCCAAUACUACUGCACCUUCAUCUGUUAAGAUACCUGUUUUUCAGUCUCCUAAUCCUGGAAAGAUUAUUCUUACAAGGACAUUAGACAAACAGGAAAGUGUUAGGGCAGGUUCUGAAAAAGAAAGCUUAAUUCCAAAAUCAGCUGCUAACAUCCAGAGCAGUUGUGUUUCAGUUGAUAGACUGUCUUUGCAGAACAUUGCUGUAACAAGUUCAUCUAACCAGAGUAACACUGCAUACAUGUUGGUAAACACAAAAAGUCUUCCAGUUACUGUGAAGUCUCCAGUACUGCCCUCUGGCCACCACCUCCAGAUACCAGCUGAUGCAGAAGUGAAAUCUGUCCCAGCUUCUUUUUUACCACCUGCAAUACAGCAAAAAAUACUUGCAGCUGCAGCAACAAAUGUGUCUGGAGGAGCUGACAGUACAAAAAUGCCAACUGUUAUUUACGUGUCGCCAGUGAACACAGUGAAAACAGUACUUCCCAAGCGUUUACCAGCCAUUUGCCCAAAACCUGCCACAGAAGUUUCAAAAACAUUAUUAAUGACAGCUACACAAAAGGGAAAUAGUUCUUCUCCUGAGACAGUAACAUCUGAUGGUCAGCAGUGCCAGCGAACUCCAAUGAAAUGGAUUGUGCAGGAAAGUCCCCAGUCAUCAGCGCCUUGCCUUAUUCCUGUAAAGUCAUCAAAUAAUGUGGCUUCCAAGAUCUUGAAGACUUUGUCCGACAUGAAGAAUGUAGAAGUUAACUCUGCAAAUAUUUUACCACUCUGUUCUAGUGGUCCCGGUGGAAGUCAAACAAAAAUCACACCUAUUAAAGAUAAUGCUCUGGUCAUGUACAAUGGGAAAGUCUAUUUGUUGACCAAAAGAGGCUCUGAUGUUCUGUCAGCCCAAGCUGACAAACAAGCAUCCUCCUCUUCCGAUGCUUCACUUAAAAAGGAGACAUCCAAGCUAAUUGAUUCUACUGCAGUCAAUAAAAUAACCAAUAAAGUAGUGAAUCUGGUAUUGUCAAAAAGCAAAGGAGUGGUGCUGUCUCAGAAAGAUCCAAAACCAUGUACAAACUCAAAAAAUUCUUCACCAGCUGACUUAAGAAAUGACUUAAAAUCUGCACCUGCAGCUCUGGUGACACCAAGUGCUGAUCAGCAGAGUUCCGCUGUAAACCAGAGAAAGAGUUUGCCCUUCAGCGAGAGCAUUUCAAGUGGAGUGACCCCUGUUACAGCAGUAGGGACACAGGAAAAUGUAUGCCAAAAUGGCAAAGAAAAGAUUCAUUCCCCCAAAGCAGCAAGUGCUGUUUUACCUCAGUCUAAGCAAGAGUGUGCUUUCAGUGAAGACUGGCAAAAGAUCCAGUGUGAAAAGAUGGAUUCACCGGGAAAGGUUAUUCAAAUCAAACACCAAGAGAAGCCACAUUGGAAACAAUACUUGGAAUUAAGGAAAAAAUUUGGUCUCUCUAAGGAGGAGAGAGUGUACCUUAAGAGAAUACCAUUAAGGACCUCCUAUGAGAAACCAGAAGAAAGGGUUUGUUCCAGUAACAGUUUGAAAAGGAAAAAUUAUUCUUGGAGUUCAUCAUCGUUAGAUGUGGAAAUAACAAAUCAACAUCAGGAAUGCGUUAAAGAGGAAAAGAUAAUUGUGGAUCUGGAAGAGGAUUUGACUAAGAAAAGAAAAAUAAAAUCCUCACCGCUGUCAGACAGUGGAAAGAGAAGGAAAACUUCAGUCAAAUCAACCACAAGUCCAAGUUCAGAGAAUAGCAGCUCAAGUUCCAGUGUACUUAACAGCAGUGUUUCACCUCCACCAGUCUUAUCGCAGCAGACUAUUUCCACAGACUUUGUUACAUCAUCUCUAGGGAGGGACUCUGAGCAAGACCUGUACUGUCAAUAUAGUGAUGCUUCAGACUCAAGUAUUCCAGUUUUAGUGUCUUGUGAAGAUGAUACUUCAGUCCUUGAAGGUUCUUUCAGAGAUGAUGCUUUCCCUUUGACUCCCCCAGACUUGGAUGAAACAAUACGGGAUGAAAAAAUAAAACGACUUAAACAGCUCUUAAGAGAACGGGAAGCGGCGCUUGAAGAGAUGCGUAGAAAAAUGCAGCAAAGCUGAAAUGCAGAAGCUGGUGAUCUGGACCAUACUCAUCUUCAUUUCAUUGACUUCAAGAAGAAAGUCUUUCUUUAAACGAACAUUAAUAUUUCUGGUAGAUGGAAGAUCUUAAUGAGAUUUACAGUAUAUGUGUAUUUAGAAAAGUAUAGGUAUUUUGUUAAAUACCAGAAAUAAAAGACUUGGACCAUCAAAUUCUGCUUCUGGGACAUUAUAUGUAUCAAAGAACGCAGAAGAUACACAUUUUUCUUAGCGUAGUCUUUAUAUUUUGAAUUGAGGGGUUUCUGCAUUAGUCCUAGCAAAUAAACUUUCCUACUUUGGAAUUCCAUGGCCUAUCUCUUAGAAACUAAAUGUAAAUUGCAAACCCCAAUUGUAGAUAUUUUUUUGUUUUCCUAAUGUUUUAUAGUGCAUGACAACUUUUGUGGAUUCCUGACAACUGUCAAUUGUCAUAAAAGGUCAAUGGUCAGUGUUUAAUAAAUGCUAUUUAAGUGAUCUGGGAAUCAGACUUUAGGCAGUAACAAUGCAGAUAUUUAAACAAAACCUCUUACAGAUGUGAAGAUGGAAGCAGUAGAAACCGCUGCUGACAGUUAUCUAGAUACAUGUCUCUUACCGUUGUUAUUAUUGUAAGCCUUUAUAAGGCCUUUGCCAGCUGUGCAAUGUUGAAGUUUUGUUGUGGGGUUAUUUUGGGAGGGGGACGUGUAUUUUUUUA